CCCGCCCAGCUCAGUAGCCCUCCGAUCGCGGGCUGGGCCUGGCUGCUGAAGGCGCGGCGCUCCAGGAGUCCGCUGCAGACUGAGAGUCCGGCGGCUCCGCAGAGAGGUGAACCGUUGCUUGCUCGGAUUUGAGCGGAGCGGCUCAGCUGCCCGGUGAAGGCUGAGCAGGAAGGCUGUCAGUUACGGGGAAACGGAAGAGGGAGUUUGGAGACCCGAAUGGCUUGAGCGCCGGACUCCAGGGAGGAGGUGAGGGAGAGCAGGGACCGGCCAGAGGGAAGGAGCUGGUCUCUUCCAAAAGAGAAGGAACUCUCAGCACCUCCUCCUCCCCUGCUGGGGCUCCGCACCUGUGAAAUGCAGCGCUCCACCGGGACAGGAGGGCGACACCGCCACAGUUUGGGGGACAGUUGGAUUUGAGUUCAGGAGCACCUUGGAGAUUAAGGAGAUUGUGGGGGAGGGAGGUAUAAGUGUUCAAGAGCCAAAGCUCCCUUCCUCGGAUAAGGUCUGUGGCCUGACUGCGCAGGGAUUGGGAGCAACUCAGACCUCUCGUGACCCUAGCCAGCAGCGGGACCCUGGGCAGGAGGAAAGGGGAGCCUGAAACCCCAGAUGGGGCAAGGUAAGCGGGCACACAGGGAGAUGUGACCAUAAGACUUGUGAAGGACAAACCAGGCUGGCAGAAGGAAAGGUGAGACCCCUUUGCACUCUAUAGAGGAAUCUUAGCAAGGGCUAGCUGAAAGCCCCCCCCUCAGGGUGAAAGGUCAAGAGGCCCAUAGUCUCCAAUGUGAUGUGUGCUGUCGGGUCAUAACUGGCACUGGGCAGAUGAAGGGCAGGAGGGGGGGAGGAGCCGUCGAGCCCUCCCUGUGGGGUCAGGGAGUCAGAGCUCCCACUAACAUGCAGAGAAAGCCGAAGGGGCAGAGCACCAAUGUCUUCCUAAGGGACUCGGUGAAGAACCGGAGUGACCAGAGGGCGGUGCCACUCCGUCGCUUCCUGCUUCAUGAGUCUCAAAUUUUGGGGCCAUGGCUGCCUACGACACCUGCGUCUCGCUGCUCGUGAUGGCGGCGACCAUGGCCCUCACCGCGUGCUGCAGGCGACUGGCCCACCAAUUUAUGCACCGUAAACCACACCUGUACUCCUUUGUCCUGGAGCUCAGCGGCGCCUUCCAGAUCUGCGCCUGCACCCACGAGCUGCGCAUGCUGGCCGACCUGCCGCCCAAGCCUCAGAUGGCACUUGCCCUCGUCUAUCUCUUCACCACCUUCCAUUGCCUGUCCUUGCCCGGCAGCAUCAACAAUCCCUCCAGCAGCUUCCAGCUCUUCUGCAGCAACAGGAGCACGGUCAAGGCCUGGGCGCUACAGAGCUCUGCUCAGUUCAUUGGCGCGGUGUUGGCCCAUGUUUACAUCAAGUCGAUCUGGACACUGGGGGCCAUACCGGCGCAUUCAAGUGCGCUGGGGGAGAAUUGCAGCGGCCCGAUCCAGACUACCGUAGCCAACGCUUUUCUUCUCGAACUCCUCUUCUCCUUCGUGUUCCACCUGGCCGUGCUGAAACUGGAAUCAAUGGAGCACAGGACCAAAAUUCAUCUCCUUGCUUUGCUGAUCACCGCUUUGGUAUACAAAGGAGGGCAUCUCACAGGGGCGAUAUUUAACCCAGCUCUGGCUUUCUCUUUGCACUUGAGUUGUUUUCUGGAAAAAUUCUGGAAUUACACAUUGGUGUACUGGGUAGCACCCUGCAUAGGGUCUGUCUUGGUGGCUGUCAUGUGGGAUGAAGUGAUUCCACUCAUACGCAGGCAUUUUAAUGUUCAGUAGACUCAACAGAACUGAUGUGUGGACUGGAAGAUGGACACUAAUAUUGCUUCAGCAAUGUUCAGACUGCUGCUUGGGGAAUAUAAUUUUAGAAUUUCAUGGGAUGGCAUUUGCUUGUGCCAUUAAAGA